GAGAGAGGCGCGACACAAGCUCGUGGGGGGGAUCAAGAGGGCUAAAACGGCUCGUGGACACAAUGGAUUCGCGAACGAAAGGAAUUUCCGUCGAUUAAAGGACGGAGUCUUCGAUGAACACGAGACACAAGGAGGAGAAGCAGAGGGGCUAUGCUGUUUCUGCUCGUCUUUACUGCUGUUUGAUUAACCAUGAUGAAGACUGAACCCCCAUCUGCAGCCAGUGGCAGCACUGGCACCACCCUCGUAGCAAGAAGCGCAUCGCCGCACAGGAACGCCUAUGAAGCUGGAAUUCAAUCUCUCAAGCCGGUAAAAGAUUUCAGUGCUGCUAAGGGCGAGGAUGGGAAACCUCGACCCCAGGGCCGGGGCUGCAAGUACGGCUCCAAUGUGCACCGCAUCAAGAAUAUGUUCAUGCAAAUGGGUUCCCCUGGGGAAGAAGAGGAUCCGUCGAAGGCCAAAGACCAGUCCAUCCGACUCUCCCUCCCCAGAGCGAGCAGUCUGAAUGAGAAUGUGGAUCACAGCGCGCUGCUCAAACUCGGUGGGACUGUGUCAGAGCGAGUUAGCCGCUUCGAUGGUAGCAGCUCCCGUGGACCAACCACAAGCUCCUCCAAGCUACAGGAGACACGGAAGAUAUUUGAGCAGCGUCACCUGCAGGAGAAGCAGGCUGCGACUAAUCGAAUCCUGUUAAAGAAAGAGCGGGCAUCGGGCUUCCAAGACAGCCGUUUGGAUGUGGUGGUGCGCUUCAACGGCAGCACAGAGUCACUGGACAGACUGGAUGCGGGGGACUGUCGCGCAGAUGCAGUAUCCCCUACAGUCAGCCAAUUGAGCGCAGUGUUUGAACGGGCCGACCAGCGCAACAACCUACUCCGACCGUCUUCAACCUCCCCACUGCCUUCUACCCCGGCCAAGGUGGGAGGAAUCGGCGCCAAAGUUGUCACUAGAAAGACACGAGUCUCCCCUCCGACGGAGAACCAAGAGGAGGGAGCUCAGCGCAAUGACCAAGAGGCUGCACCUGGGAGUCCGAAGAGUAGAACAAGCAUCCAAGCUGAUGGACCCAAAGGCAAACCAUCUGAGGAUGUGGCUGCUGAUACAGAUUUAGAUAAGUCCAGGUCGGAAGAGGGUUCCAAACCAGAGGAGCAUGCAGCACCAGGAGCACCAGAUGCAGGGAGCAGACUGGUACAGGUGGAUGUUCACGCAUCUCUGGAAAAUGGAGAGGCCACCAGCAGCCAUGAGCCCUCAGAACGAAAGGAGGAAAUUGGACAGGCCUGCGUCGAGGAGGAAUCCUACAGAGAGGAUAUCUCAGAAGCAGACCUGGUGGACAUCAGCGCGUACAGUGGGAUCGGAGAGGACUCUGGUGGGAGUCAGCUGGAUGAAGAUGAGGAGGCUGAGGAUGAUGAUACUUACGAACCAGAAUCCAGCUGUUCGGAAAUUCCUGGGCUGCCUGUAGAAGAUGAACCACCCCCCAGCAGGAAGAUUCGUUUCAGUACAAACUCCAUCAAGGUGGUCUAGAUGGCUGGGUUUCAAGCUGGAGCUGGUGACCUUGGACCAGCAAAAAAUCAGCUAUCAUUUUUCAGAAAUCACCUUGACCACCUUAAGCAGAUUUGGGCCAGUUUUUCCA